AUGAGUGGCGGCGGUGGUGACUCGGAGGACGUCCUAAAGGUAAGAUUCGCCAUGUCGUCGCCGAUACAUACCUCUGGCUCGCCAUGCAGCAGUCACCAAGCAGUGAACAACUCCGAUAGCGAGCUGCUCGACCCGCUGGCCAACGAGGCUGAACGAAAGUCCAUGGAGCACUACGACAUCUACUACCAUAACGAACGGUCGAAGCAUUCACGUGGCAAACUGACGUUCGCCAUACGAUACGACUACAUCCAC